AUGGGGAAUUGUGUUUCUAGUUAAGAUGAUAUCCGAAAUGCAAAUAAAGUUUCACCUGUCUCAUUGUAAGAAUGUUUAUAGAUUAAAAAAGAACAAUAAAACAUUUCACUUGGAAUCGUGAUUCUCAUGGUCUAUUCGAUUAUGAAAACAAAAAUGUUAUAAAAGGACAGAUCAAAACAAAUACCCAAUUAAGUAAUAUAAGCAACUAAAUUAGUGAGAUUAAUUCGUUAAAAAGAAAACAUUAAAAUAAUCUAAACGAAAGAGGAAUUAUAAGUAGCAAUUCCAUUUAUUGUUAUAGUAAUUCUAAAAUUAGCCAGAUGUCAUAGAAUUACUUAAAUUGACUCGUUAAUUUUCUAAAUAUCAGGUUGAAUCUAGUUUAAGGGUCUCAAAGGCAGAAGAUCAAGAAGGAUUAAAUGACAACUGCCCAUGGAUAGUUGUAAAAUCAACCAAAAGUCAAUUAUCUGAUGGACAAGUAUGAAAUAAUAAUGAGCAAUAAAGGGAUAUGAUUUAAAGGAAGGAGAUUACGUAAAAUUGGGGAGAGUGAGAUUUAGAAUUAGAGAAAUCAAAUGUUCAGUUGAUAAUAACAAUACAAACAAAGGUAACAUGGAACCAGAAUUGUAAAAGUAUGUAUCUGAGAAAUGCUUAAAUACAAUGAAUAUCAAUACGUAGGAAGACGAUAAAAGAAGUUAAUCAGAGGAACCCUGUUGCCGUAUAUGCUAUAAUGAUUCUUAAACAAAUAAAGACAAUCCCUUGAUUGAUUGCUGCAAAUGUUAGGGCUCUGUUAAAUACAUACAUAUUUAAUGUCUAUAAACAUGGUUAGUUAGUAAGUUAUCACCUAAAACAACUAAGUUUUCAGUUUCAUUUCAAUGGAGAUAAUUUGAUUGCGAAGUUUGCAAGGCGAUUAUUCCAAGUAAUUAUCAGAAAUAUUGGAUUUCUAGGUAGAAUUAGAUAUCAGGACAGAAUUUUUGAGACAAUAAUUAUACCUAAGCCUGAUGCUCCAUACAUUACUUUGGAAAUCUUAAGUCGAGAACGCAAUAAGAGUAAAGGAACUCACAUAAUCAGUUUUGCGUAAAAAUAACAAAUCAAAUUGGGGAGAGGUCAUGAUUCGGAUGUAAGGAUUACAGAUAUUUCAGUAUCUAGAUGUCACGCUUUGAUCAAAUUUCUUAAUUGUAAAUGCUCUGUUAGUAAUUCUAGCUGGAUUUGUGAUUGAAGAUUAAUAAUCUAAAUUCGGAACUUUAGUCUUAUUGAAGAAUCCUGCUUAGAUGUCUGUUGACAAUAAUAAUAACAUGGCUAUCUAGGUAGGAAGAAGUGUAGUUAGUUUUUAAGUUUCAAAGGAUUGGAAUGUAUAAUCGCAUUGUAUAUAACUUAGAUAAUCUCAUCCAUCAAUAAGGGAGGGGUGUAAGAGGAUUAAAUGUUACAAGAUGACACAGAUUUAAUUGGAAAUGCAGUGGGUGAUGAGGAUCAAGCAUAGAUUGAAUAAGAAUUACAAAACUUUGAAGAACAUACACCAUGA